GGGAUUAAUUAUAUGUGGUUUGUAAUAUGAGGUGUGUUAAGACUGUUACCACUGUGAAUGGAGUUGAUCCUUUCACCAGUUAGUUCUCCGGUAUCCGUCGUCAAAAGAAAAGAGAUAAUAAUCGUCACAUACAUGCAAUGUCAGCACUCGUAUAUUAUGGUUUUGUCAUCAAGCUGUGUCUGUUUUCGACAUAGAACUUGUCAUCAAGCUACCACACCAGAAGGGGUAAAACUUGAAUAAACUGAUCCAAAUUGAAGGAUUAAACAGAGACAGGAUAGUAUUUGAGUGGAAUUAAACUAUGAUAGCCGAACUGAAGGGUUUGUCAAAAGUUGACCUUGAAGAAUCAACCAGGCUUAAGUCAUACCAAUUCAAAUCACAUAUGCUUUUCCAAAUUCGAUGAGGACAGGUGCAGUAUUUCAGUUAUACCCUACUUACUUUUUUCUUUCAUCUAACAUCAAAAUCUUGAAAUACUGCAUACAAGAAGAAGAAGACAAAAACAGUCGAGUCAGUGAAAUACUACAGUCUCAGCUUCAUAGAUAUUUAUUUAUAUGGAGAGAACCCUUUAUGAUUGAUUGAUUGAUUGUUAACAAUAAUGAAUAAUGAAAUGGAAGAGACAUUGAACUGCCUAUUUGAAAAGAGUUCACUACUACCAUCGAAUUUAACUGAUUAUCCUAAUCAAAUUGGCGGGCAUGGACUUUUAUUUGGCAACAAGUGUAAAAUACUAUAUUCACAUGAAGAAUCCACCAUAUAUAAACCAAUACAACAUUAUCCUAAAGGACCACAUGAAUUAGACUUUUAUCAGCGUUUAUUCGACCCGAACUGUUGCGAACCCGCUCUAAUUGAAUUACGUCAAUUUGUACCUGACUUCUAUGGUCUAUAUCGAGAUUCGCAAGGAAAACAUUUGUAUUUAGGUUUAAAAGAUGUUUUGGCUAAUUUUAAACAUCCAUCAUUGUGUGAUUUGAAAAUGGGUCGACGGACUUAUGCACCAGACUCAUCACCAUCGAAAAUAAUGAUUGAAUGUGCAAAAUAUAAAUGGCGUGAAGAAAUUGGAUUUUUAGUCACAGGUUUACGAGUUUUCAAUCCAAGUAUUAAAGAACACACAACAUUUGAUAUAUUCUUUGGACGAUCUCUGGAUCCAACGACAAUAUACAGUAAUGGAAUUCGUCUCUUCCUUGGCAAUGAUGUUAAACGUGCACAACGUUUAGCCCAACAAUAUGUUCUCAAGCUAAGUCAACUAGCUAAAUGGUUUGAAAGUCAAACACGUUAUCAUUUCUAUGCCAGUUCAUUAUUACUAGCCUACGAUGAUGUUGCUGCUGCCGCUGCCGCCGUCGCCACCGCCGCUGAUGCUAUUGACGAUAAUGUCAGAGAGUUCAAUUCAUCAUCCCCGCCAAAUCAUUAUUGUAAUGGAUUAAAUAAUAGUCAUCCAAUUCAUGAGGAUGACCACCUCCAUCCUCCUCCUCCAUUGAAUCAAUCAACUGUAUCACAAUCCUUCCCGUCUCCUUUAUCCCCUUUACCAUCUGCACCUGCAACAUCAUUCAUGACAAAUGAAACUCAAGCUGAAGAAAGCGUUUUAGUCUAUUUAAUUGAUUUUACACGUUGGGAAAUGAUUGAAAACACUAAUGAUAUGAAAAAAGAUGAAAAUUUCCUCUAUGGUUUAUACUAUUUAAUCGAUUUGUUUAAACGUGCAGCUAAUGACAACUCUUCAUCUUUACCUGCUGAUGCAAUACCUACAAAAAAUACUGUCCAAUCUUAGCAGGUUUUCGUUUAAAAAAAAAGAAAUUAUAUUUUUAAUUACUUCAUAUAGAUAUAUUCAUAUGCAUGUAUUUUUUAAAUUAACUUGAGAUGUGUACAUCUGAUGACCUCCUCUUUUUCUAUUGCUUUCCUGCUCCCCACCUCUGCUCUGGCAACCGCAUUAUGAUCCACUUGCCUAAAAGGGGAUCGUUAGUAUUAUGAUGCUUUUACUAUACUGUCCCAGUCAGUUAACGUUACGUACGCCUCUCUACACGUACACACGUCUACAACAACGAUAGUGGAAGUACGCAACAACCAUCCCCUGGGGGUAUUUAACUGUACACUUACCUACCGGCUGGGAAUCCAACCCUAUCCGUCCCAAUUCACCUGCACUAUGUAUGGUUGGCGACUUGUAUAUCAUCAGAGAUGAAAAGUUCUAAAAGAAAAAUAAAAGAAACUUAGUCUUUCAUCAUUAUAUAUUUUUUCUACAGUACUUGUAUCGUUUGUGGCUGUAGCUGUUUCAAUCGUUGAUAUUGUUUGUAUUGGUCUCAGUUUCUUCUUAUAUGUGUGUGUAUUUAAAACAAUGCUAACGAAUAAAUUGUUGUACAAGAGAAGAUAAAUGCUUGCCUUUUCUCUUUGCUGUCUUAGUUUUUAUGUAAAUUGAUAAGUAGAAUGUUGGUGGUUCCGAACUAGCUAGCUACUUUUGGCAUUUCAGUAGUAUUCAAGAGUCAGUCAGAGAAACAUUGAAAACCAACCAGGGUGUACUGGACAGCCAGCUUUUUCGUCAGCCUAGUUUAGGAUGCUUCAUCAGUACGCACGCACCCAUCCAGGAGUUUCCGGUUACAAGGGUAGGUCGGUCGUAUACCAUUCAGCUACUGGGAC